AUGGACAUGGAGAAGGUCCGCGACGCCCUCAUUCUGUCUGGAGAACCUGGGGUAACAGAGCAGAUCCUGGCUUCGGCCACUCGGAGGAUGCUUGAAGAGCAGCAGAAUACGCAAAAGCGAAAGCGGGGUCCGAUCGAGUUCCGUGACUUCAGGACUUGGCUUGAAGUGCUUCCGUCCCAGGCCACUGAGAGGCACUGA